AUGGCUUCUGUUCAGAACUAUGGUUACUUCCCCUACUUUCCUCUGCCACCACCUCAUAGCCCUUCACCUCCAAAAGUGAUGCCACCCCACACUUCUCCACCUCCUCCAAAAGUGGCACCACCCCAUCUCCCAACAAUACCACCACCACCACCAUUUCCAACACCAGCAUCACCGCCCCCUACUUCUCCAUCCCCUCCAAAAGUGGCACCACCUCAUCAACCCAUUAGACCACCACCACCACCAACACCAUCAUUUCCAACACCGGCAUCACCGCCCCCUACUUCUCCAUCCCCUCCAAAAGUGGCACCACCUCAUCAACCCAUUAGAGCACCACCCCCACCAUCAUUCCCGACACCAGCAGCACCACCCCAUCAUUCUUUCCCCCCACCACCUCCUGCAGCAAAACCUCCUAGUCAUGCAAUCCCACCUCCGGCACCAAUUAUCAAACCACCACCUCAUCCUCAUUUUCCGCCACCACCCCCACACAUUGUUCCAACUCCUCCACCACCACCACCACCAGGACACCAUUCCACAGUCAUAAUCAUUGUCUUUGUCUCACUUGGUGGUCUAUUUUUUCUUGCAUUCCUCUCAGUUGCUCUAUGCUGCUUCAUUAAGAAGAAAAAGAAGAAUAUGGUUCAAGAGACUGACAUUGUUACAAUUGAUGAACAUUUGAAAGUCCACGAAGCCAUCAUACCAGGUCCACAUGGUCCACAAGUCAUGAUAUUGUCCAUUGAGGAUGAUGUGCAUAUUCAGGAAGAGAUCAAAAAGAAUGAGAAGGAAAUCCAAGGUUCACAUGUUAGAUCUACACAAGAUUUUCCUCAAGCUCUUGAUAUGGAGGCAUCCACUUCUGAGUCCAGUCAGCACCAUAUUAUGCACAACCACAAGCAACAAUCCCAAUCAUGA